AGCUGCGGAUCGUUGCGAUCGAGCGGAAGAAAGAAAAACUGAACUGAAGUGAACUGAGCCGAGGAAAGCGUAUUUCCCACUUGCCUGACCUGACCACAUUUUCCUCGCGUCGGCACGAAAAGUGCAGUGUAUAUCUCACCCGAUUCUCGAAAGAAACAUACGACUUUUUUUUUCCUGUUGCCCCGCGGCCAGAAGUGCGAAGAGAAAAAGUGCUAAUUGUGCAAUUGAUUGACACGAUCGAUCUGUUUUUCCGCAACGCGGUGCUGGUGGCAACUAGAUCGUUAGAUCGUUAAAUAAUUGAAGUGUUCGCGUUGCAAACAUGAAAACAUGAAGCCUGCCGCGCAUUGAAAGGCAUUCAAAUAAGAAGAGGGGCAGCAAGAAGGCAGAGCAACGCAGAUCGCAGAUCGCCAAACGGAGCAAACGAGUGAAGAAGCGAAAAAAUGAUGCCGCCAAGACUGCCGGGCAGCCAGGGAGCAGCGACGAGUAGUGGGAGCCACAGUGGACACCACCACAUGACGCCAUCGACGGCGGCGAACACAACGUUCCACAAACGACGACGAAGGCGAUUCGGUCCGAUGUUCAGUUCGCUGAACUUCAGUCACGGCAGCUACUUGGCGCUGAUCUUGCUCACCACCACCUGUUCGCUGGUGGCCACCAGCUCAUCCACCUCCACCUCCACCACCACCAGCACCACCAGUUCAUCCUCCGCAUCCGCCGACACAGCCGUUGCGCCACCGGAUCCCGCCCAGCUGGCUCCCAUCUCCUCCAGUUCGCCAUGUGCCGCGCAACACUGGUGGGACUCGCAGCGGGACCGAUGCACUCCCUGCACUCGCUGCCAGGGCGAGAUGAUUCCCCUGCGUCCGUGCCAGCUGCACACGGACACCAUCUGCGGCUCCAUCUACGAUCUGAAGAUCGACUGGGUGGUUCUGGCCAAGACCGAACCGAAUUGGAAGGAGCGGCGAAAGUCGUCGGAGUACGAGCACUUCGAGCACAACGCUCCAUUGCAGCACCUGACCCACGAGCAACUGCAGCAGCUGCACGAGGAGGCCGCCGCCGCCUGGGCACUCGACUGGCAGACCGGAGUCCUCUACGUGGCCGUUCUCACCUGCCUCGUCUUCUUCUCGGUGGCCGCCUGCAUCCUCAUCCACCACAUGCGCCAGUGGCGCCGCAUGGAGCGUCGCCUCGACCAGGAUGUGGAGGAGCUGUCGACCAAGCUGAUGGCCAAGCUGGCGGAGGUGCAGAGCCUGGACGGAGGCACCUUCUUCAUUGGCAACGCGGACGCCCUGCGAGGGAUUCCCGCCUCCGCAGCGGCGACGCAUCCUGCAUCCGCGCAGUCGGGAAUCUUCCAGCCGCAACACGUGCUGCUGCCUGAGAAGCGCGGCAAACACCAGGAGCGGAGGAUCCUGAAGACCCUGCAGCCCGGCAACGUUUACAUCGAGGAGAGCAACGCGGGACUGGGAGUCAUGGGUGUGCGGGGUUUUUCCGGCCCCAAGGGUUGAGAAACCACAAAAAAAAAAAAAAAAUAAAUCAAAGGGGGGGGAAAUACUUAAGCGACGAUGGAGAAAGGAUGGAAAUUAAAAGAAAAAUAUAUAUGGAACGGAUCCGGAUGGAGAUGAACUUUGUACAAACAGCCGCUUAAAGGAGCAGAAAACGGAAGGGAACCGAAAACUAUUAUUAUUUUUUAUAUUAUAUUAAUCUUAUUCUUAUUAUUACGAGCUUUUUUUUUGUCCUAAUAUUUAAUUGAAUCGUUAUGUUGACUUGUUUGUAAUGCGCGGACAGAUGAUGCGGCAAGCGAUGCGGCAGAAUGUUUUGUACAUAGAGAUGAGGCAUGUGGCAUGUGGCAUGUGGCACAACCAACCACCCACCACCACGUAUUAAUUAAUUAACACGAUUAUGAUUAACAAAUUUUCUACUUAAUGUAAAUAUUAAGGCGAUCGAAACCCGCGAACCAAACGUAACGUAACGUAACGUAACGAACAAACGUAACGGAAUGGAAUGGAACGAAACGAAACCAAGCAAUAUCGGCAGCAUAUCAGCUACUAUAUAUAUCGUCUAUAUAGACCGCAUAUAGACGCGCGUAUUGUCAUCACAACCCGAAUCCAUAUCCACGUAAUAUACAUACACGUAACCAAGUUAAAAUAUCAAAACGAGAGCAUUUUCCGGCUAGCUGCUACCGAGCUUAAUCGAAUUAACUGUAACUGUAACAGUAAUGGUAACGAUACAGAUAUAACUACUUAUAAUAAUGAUAAUUAACGGAUAACUAUAUCGAUAGGGAGAAAUGUCUAUGUCCUAAGUGCUAUCAGUGUGCAACAGCAAUAAAAAGUUCUAUGAUUAUACGAGA